AUGGUGGAUACAAAUUUCUCCGUACUUCAGUUUGUCCUAUUGGGAUUCUCAGAUGUCCCUCAGAUGAGGAUAUAUCUGCUCUUCAUGUUCUUUGUCAUGUACCUCAUAACCCUCCUGGGAAAUGUGGUCAUCCUUUCUUGCAUCGUGUAUGACAAGGCCCUCCACUCCCCCAUGUACUUCUUCCUGAGCAACCUUUCAUUGGUGGAUAUCUGCUUCACCUCCAGCACAAUCCCCACCCUUCUCUCGACCCUGAUCUCCAACAAAAGGUCCCUCAGCUUCCUCGCCUGCAUCAGCCAGAUGUUUUCCUUCAUCUCCUUUGGAAACCUGGAGAACAACAUCUUGGCUGUCAUGGCGUACGAUCGUUACGUGGCCAUCUGCAGCCCCCUGAGAUACACCGCGAGAAUGAAGAGCAGUUUAUGCGUUUGGUUGGUGGCCAUUUCCUGGAUUGCCGCUUGUUCUCAUUCUCUUCUUCACACCCUCAUGGUGACCGGUCUUCGAUAUGUUGGGCUAAAGAAGGUAUUCCACUUCUUUUGUGAAAUCUCCCAAGUCUUGGCUGUGGCGGACUCAGACACGUCAUUAAACUUCUCCCUCAUCAUCACAGAGGGAGCGGUGUCCGUCGGCAUCCCUUUCCUUUGUGUCAUACUGUCCUACGGGUUCAUCUUGGUGGCCAUCUUCCAGCUUCAUUCCACCGAAGGGAGACAGAAAGCGUUCUCCACCUGCUCUUCUCAUCUGACGACGGUGUGCCUGUUCUACGGGACAAUUACCGCGGUUUACUUUCGGCCUUCUGGUGGCUCAGGCGGAGUGGGAGAAAGAGUGGCUACUUUGGGGUACACCUUACUGACGCCGAUGCUGAACCCCAUUAUUUACGGAUUGAGAAAUGAAGCGAUGAAGAAAGUCAUUGGGAAAGCUUUUCUGUAG